GGGGCACUUCCUCCUCGGCUCCUCCGGCCGGCCAGGGGCGCCGAGCUGCCGGGCGGGCGGCGGGGGGCUGCUUUCCCCGGAUCGGGACCGUCGGACCCCAGCCCACAUGGCGCCCCCGGAGCCAGGCAGCGGGAGGUCCCAGCGGCGGAAUCAGAGGGGCCAGAACUACAGCACAAUGGGACCCCCAGAAUCGCAGCCACGCCGGGAUCAGACGUACCUGGAUGAGAAGAUCGCCAUCCCGGAUGUGGGAGGGCCCGGCUUCAGCUUCCGGAAGCUGUGGGCUUUCACCGGCCCUGGGUUCCUCAUGAGCAUUGCCUUUCUGGACCCGGGGAACAUCGAGUCAGACCUGCAGUGCGGGGCCGUCGCUGGGUUCAAGCUGCUGUGGGUGCUGCUCUGGGCCACCAUCCUGGGGCUGCUGUGCCAGCGGCUGGCUAUCAGGCUGGGUGUCGUCACGGGAAUGGACCUGGGCGAGGUCUGCUAUCAGUACUACCCAAAGGUACCACGCGUGCUGCUCUGGAUCAUGAUCGAGAUCGCCAUCAUUGGUUCCGACAUGCAGGAGGUGAUCGGGACGGCCAUCGCGUUCAGCCUCCUCUCGGCCGGACGCAUCCCUCUGUGGGGCGGAGUCCUCAUCACCAUCAUCGACACCCUCGUCUUCCUCUUCCUGGAUAAAUACGGUCUCCGGAAGCUGGAAGCCUUUUUCGGUCUCCUGAUCACUAUCAUGGCAGUGACCUUUGGCUACGAGUACGUGGUGGUACGGCCUGUCCAGACGGAGGUGCUGAAGGGCAUAUUCUUCCCCUACUGCCGCGGCUGCGGGCGGGAGGAGCUGCUGCAGGCCGUGGGCAUCGUGGGCGCGAUCAUCAUGCCGCACAACAUCUAUCUCCACUCCUCCCUGGUCAAGACCCGCGAAGUGACGCGCUCCGAGCGGCAGGCGGUGAGCGAGGCCAACAAGUACUUCCUGAUCGAGUCCUGCAUCGCCCUCUUCGUCUCCUUCCUCAUCAACCUCUUCGUCAUGGCCGUCUUCGGCCAGGCCUUCUACCACCGCACCAACCAGGACGUGUACAACGUUUGCGCCAACAGCAGCGUCAGCCAGUACGCCCCUAUCUUCCCCAGGAACAACGAGACGGUCUCCGUGGACAUCUACCAAGGGGGCGUCAUUCUGGGCUGUUACUUCGGCGCCGCUGCUCUCUAUAUCUGGGCCAUCGGGAUUCUGGCAGCGGGGCAGAGUUCCACCAUGACCGGGACCUACGCCGGGCAGUUUGUCAUGGAGGGGUUCCUGCAGCUGCGCUGGUCCCGCUUCGCCCGCGUGCUCUUCACCCGCUCCUUCGCCAUCCUCCCCACCGUCUUCAUCGCCGCCUUCAAGGACGUCAGCCACCUGACGGGGAUGAACGACCUGCUCAAUGUGCUGCAGAGCAUCCUGCUGCCUUUCGCCGUUCUCCCGGUUCUCACCUUCACCAGCAUGCGGCCGCUCAUGCAGGAGUUCACCAACGGCGUCGUCGGGAAGGCGCUGAUGAUCCUCAUCGCCGGGCUGAUCUGCGCCAUUAACCUCUACUUCGUGGUGAUCUACAUCCCUACGCUGGGCAGCGUGGCCUACUACGUCCCCCUGGCCUUCGUGCUGGCCGGCUACGUGGCCUUCACCGCCUACCUGAUCUGGACUUGCUGCAUUGCACAUGGAGCUGUCUUCCUGGCCUGGGGACACCACAGCCAGUUCUCCUACGGGCUCCCCUCCACCGACCCGCCGGGCUGGGCAGGGCCCCGGUGACGCGCCGUGCCCCUUCCCGCCGGGCACUCGCGCCACAGGCCUGGGCUGCCUCUGGGUUUGUCGCCAUCCCAGGCGGGAACGAACCCAUCGCCACGCAGUCACCAUCACCGGCAGGGCCGGGGUUCAGGGCUGGGCUCCCUGCUCCCCCUCCGGACUGACGGACAUGCAGCAUCCCAGGGCAUCUCCCCUUCUCAGCAAGCUCAGGGCGUGGGGGGCAGCACUGACCAAUCAGCACCUUCGCGGGCACCUGUGAUCACCCCCCACUGCCACAGCCCUGCUGGUGCUCCCCAAUCCUGAUCCGCACCCCCUGCUAUCCUAGUUCUGGUCCCCUCCUCCCGUCCAGUGCUGCCGGUGCCCCUCAAUCCCAACCUGCAUGUGAAAUAAUGACCCUAAGUUCACACUGAUCAUGGAGGUAACUCAGCCCCCCAGGGAUCCCACUGUGAGUAGCCUUUGCUGGCUGGGCUCCGGGGAGUGGGCUGGGAGGGGCCGGAGCUGUGACUGGAGUAAAAGCUGCAGUAUCCCGGAAGGAGACUCACGGAGAAGGAGUUCAAGUCCCGGGAAAGUGCCACUCUGUGAAUAAACUUGAUUUCAAGGGUUUCCUAUAGGAGGGUCUGGUCAUUGGCUGGUGCAGGCCCCGCAGAGGGAGCAGAAACGAGCCACCCCUGGAACCGAGCCAGCCCCACUGGCCAGCCUGGUCCUCGGUCUGAGCCUCCCUGCAAGAGUCCGUUGUCGCCCUUCAGGGUCAGCCACAGGUCAUAGCCCAGAAUAGGAACAUUUUCCGUGUGCCCAUCGCCUCCUAUCCCAAAGCGCGUCCCAGGGCACCCUGGGAUGCAGCCACCUCUGGGGUGGAGGACAACGGGCAUAGUGCAGCAAUGCUAAUCAACAGCAGGGGGGACUUUGGCAAUGCCCUGGGUUGACUGUGGCCAGGCAGAACAGACAAGGGCGUCAGGGUCUCGCCCCUGACAGGUCCCCUCCCUGGAGAGUGCACGGAGCUCAGCGUAUCUGCUUGCAACGGAGGAAGGCUGGGUUGGGGCUGCAGGCCUGUGACGCUAGGAAUUUCAUCCCGGAUGUUUGGAGCAUGGGGCCGCCCCCUCCAGCCCUGGACUCCCAGGCCCAAAGGGACCCAGCCCUCUUCUCGCUGAGCUGCUGCUGCAGUGAAUGGUUACGGUCGCCUGCUAGGGAGUGCACUGGUUAAAUUGUGUUUGCUCCUGGUUUUGCUGCUUCGUGCCGCGUGAAGGGGCCCUGAAAGGGUUAAAGAAGAGAGCAGGGGCAAGGGGAUCGGCUCGGUUUUCCCCUCAGAAACGCCAGGAGCAUCACGUCUGAUUUUGCAGGGCGGCUCGGAGCGGCGUGACGCGCCGGACAGCGGGGUGUGGACUCUUUACCAAAGAUCACCUGUGUCCCAAGUGUGUGUCAGGCAUUGGAGUUAACUAGGGUUCACCAUCGCAAGCAAACCCCACCCGUUGGAAACAGUCUGGCAAAAAGAUCCCCUUUCGAUGGCUCCACGCUCCCGCUCUCGGGAUGUCAUAAAGUCGCCCGUUCCCUGCUCAGCCACAGGGCGGGCGACACUUGAGCAUCUACUGUUAAAAGCCACUGGCUGACGCAGGGCUGGAUCCAGUCCCAAACCUGCCAGCCCUUCACAGACCCAAACAAGGGCCCAGCCCCGACCCGCCUUCGGCCCCCGUCUCUUCAGGUCUCGUGGAGUUCGUGGAGCUCUGUGACGCAGACGGCCUGAGUCCAGAGCAAAAUCAACCAGAGACUUUCCAGCGAGGGGAGUGAGCCUGGCGCGUGGCAGCACCGCUAUCCUCGUACAGCUGCGCCCGUCCCGGGAGCAGGCCGGGGUCUCGCCCAGUGGAAUUAAACCAGUGCAGCUCUGUGGGUCCCAGGGCCUUCCAGUGCAGCAACAGAGGGGUUAACCAAACCUGCGGCCCCAAAGGCGCGGCCGGUGGCUUCGCCUGAUCAGGGUGUGCCAUGGGCAACAGGGCAGGAACCCCAGGGUCCGGCCUCCUUUGGAGCAGAUCAAGAGGUGAGGACUAAGGGGACUACAGGUCCCAGCAUGCAUUGCAGUCAGGUGUGUCCUGUGGAGGGGUGGGCUCUGGCUGGGGAGCCCAGACCUGUGGAUUUGUCUCCCUGAGGGUACCCCGGGAAGCAGCAGCUCUCCAGGCUGGCUGUGGAAGGGCAGUGGGGUGCGCUGGGAGGUCCCACCCAGGGUGGAGCUAGAGGCAGGGCAGGGAUCCUGAGCAGAUGCCCAGGGGCUCUGGGCUAGUCCCUUAGAAUUACUGCACCCCCUGCUUGGAAGCGCAGCUGCAGACACCAGGGGGCACCACCUGUCCAGCGGUGAGUGAUGGGAUCAGGUGCAAUGGCUAAACCGGCUCCCUGGGCUUGGCAAGGAGCCUGUGGCAGGAGGCUGGAGAAGGGGCUACCUGCAAGCAGCAGGGACAGAGUUAAACAGGGCUUGGCAUUCCCCUUCUCUGCUCAGCACUCCCCCAAGGCCCACAGCCCCCCACGAUCCGGGCUACAGCAUCCUGGCCUCCGUAGCUGUACGCAGCUUUCCGGAGCAGGCAGCCCCCCCCCCCGCACCGUUAAUUGCUAACAGCUGCAUCUGGGAGCCGGCAAAAUCUCCUCAGUCCCCAGUACAGCCGCUUGGCACUCAGGCCUAAGUGAAUUAGCAGCCCCCAGAGAUGCUCCUCUUCCAAUUAGUGCUGAGAACAGAGACCUCCCCUGGGGUCCCGGAGUGCUAAUAACCCGGCUGCACUCAGCUGCAGGGAAAAGCCCAAGCAGGUGCCCUCCAGCCCUGCCCAGUGUAUUUCCCACAGCCUGUUCUCUGGGCCUUUGCCCAAUUUCAGAUCACCUGGGAUCUGCCAGCUCCAGGCAAUUAUUUAUUAUUACUUCAUGUAAACCCUUUGUGUAAUGCCCCAUGCCUUGCGUUUAUCCUGCCUUGGCAGCGUUGCGUUUUCUUUACUAGCUUGAGUAUAAGGUAGGCAGCAGCUACACCUAAGAAAAUCAUUCCAGCCCAGAGAGCGUGAGAUCAAGGCAGGACGGGCUGUGCUGGUGAAGAGAGGAGCCCCUAAAAGGAGCUGCGGUAGAAGAAGAGAACUGGCAGGCCCCACCGGUGAGCCCUCAAAUAUCCUAAUGGCUUUGUGUCUCUGUGUGUGAGAAUAUGUGGCUGGUGAAACUGACAGCACUGUCGACUAAGGGAAGGCCCCUGCCGCAAGUUACGGAGUAGGCAAAUGAGUGGCAGAGCAGGGAAUAGAACCCAGGAGUCCUGGUUCCCAGUCACCAGCGUCUGGCCUCAGCUGCUGCUUCCUAGCAGAGCCAUGGUAGCUCGCACCUCGCCUAGCUGAAGAGAGAGGGACUCCAGGUGCUGCGGACAAAGCCGCGAGGCAAUUCCACAUACACCUGGUCCUUCAGCUAGCUAAAGGAGAUCUGCUGUAGCUGCCUCCAGUUGUAGGGCUCUGGUCCUCUCCGUGGGGAGCCCUCUCGGCCACACUGCAGCACUCCCAGCAGGGGAGACGCAGUCCAACCAAGGAGCCCAGCCCAUAGAAGAGAAUGGGAGCCUUCGCACCCAAACUACAACUCCCAUGAGGCACUGCACAAACAUUUGGCUGUCUAAACAUUUCACUUCCCGGCUGAAAUAUUUUGGCUCAAGAUUUUUCCACCCACAUUUCCUAACCCGCUCCCCGGAGCGCAAUGCAAAAAGUAAAUCGCCAGGCAGACUUCUGCAGGGCAGGGUCUGUCUCUUGUGAUGCGUCUGCGCCCCACCUCGCGCACCGUGGGGCCCGGAGCUCGGCAGCUGCCUCUCAGCGCUGUGCCCUCAGAAAUAACAGAGCUGGAUUAUGCAAACGGAAAUACUUUCUGAACCCUGGGUGCAUCAUUGUAGUGGCUAGAACCACAGGGCUGGAAGCACCAGGGGCGACAGGGGAUGGAUACUGGAUGAUUCCCUGUCCUGUUCACUCCCUCUGGGGCACCUGGCCCUGGCCACUGUCGGCAGACAGGACACUGGGCUGGAUGGACCUUGGGUCUGACCCAGUCUGGCCGUUCCUAUGUUCUUAACACAAACAUUCAAUCAUCACAAUUAAUCCUUUCGUUCUGCAAGGUACAAAAAAUAGUGUUUUUUUUAAGGC